GAUUCUCAUUUCCGGCCAAUGUCACGGUAACAGGCCUUCCUUGCGAGGAGUGGUGGAGAGAUCCUCCAAUAGAGUCGGCUCUGGAGGAGCAGGCGGAGCACUGGCGGUUGGCGGGGAGAAUAAUCUAAGGAGCCGGGAGAUUAAGUGGGCGGCUCAUCGGCCUAGGUUGUAUUGUUUAUUCCUCCGGCCCAAAAUGGCACAGGAGGAAAUGGAUGUGGACCUUGCGGGUGCAAACGCCCUUCGGGAGCAUCCAAUGUUCACUCGUAUUGCUCUGAAUCCUUCAAUAGUUUUCGGCAACAUUCCAGUAGAAAGCAGAUCAAAUCCAAGUAAUGAGGCAGGUGGUAGUCCAGACAACGGAGUGGAACGCCGUAUCCCCAUGUACUCUCCUGUACAAUCUCACACGUCUAGUGCACUGCAUAUGCUCCAGGGAGCACUAGAUCAGCUCCGCCAGGCAGCAGAACUUCGAUCAUCCACACAGCAGAUACGGAGCCGCAGAGUGAAUGCCAGGAGCCGCCAGCGAGGCUCAUCGCAGCGUGUUGGUGGUAUGCGCCGUAACCAGGCAUUUGAGAACCUCUUUCAAUUAAGUGGAAGCCUGAGUACAUCUCUGCCCAUUGGAGAAAGAAGUGGGGUUUGGCAACCAACACCCCCAGUGGAUGGGGGCGACAGCUCUGAUGACACAGUGGAACUAAGUGAUGAUGAUGGGAGCUCUACAGAAGUGGAAGAAGGAGCAGAUCACACAAGAGCAGCACAACCAGCCGAGCCAGCCCCUGAAGAGCUUCAUAUAAACCUUGUUGCUGCCACGUCAGACGCACCAGAAAGAUCAGACAACCCUACAGUUGAAAAUGAAAUUACACCUUCUGAUGCUGCACAGCCGAGUAAACAGCCAUCACCAGUAAAGCCUGUGACAUCCACAACACCACCUACAGCAGAAGAGGAUGAAGGGGACACCUGUGCCAUCUGCUUUGAAUCUUGGACCAAUGCCGGUCAGCACCGUCUCUCUGCUUUGCGCUGCGGCCAUUUGUUUGGUUUUACCUGUAUUGAUCGUUGGCUGAAGGGAGGAGCAGCAAAAUGUCCACAGUGCAAUAAAAAAGCGAAACGUUCUGACAUUGUUGUGCUCUAUGCUCGCACACUGAAGGCUUUGGACACCAGUGAGCAGGAACGUAUGAAGAGUUCUCUAGAGAAGGAACAGUCACUGCGCAGAAAGGCAGAGCUGGAAUCUGCACAGUGCCGGCUUCAGGUCCAGGUCUUAACAGAUGAGUGUGGGAAGCUUCGCAAACAAGUUCAGGAGUUAAAGAUGCUGAUUGCCCAAUACGGAACAAGCUCUUCCCAGCCAUUGUCCAGCUCUCGGGCUGGGACUUCCAGCGCUUUGUCCUCAAGUCAGGGACAACACAAAUACAAUUUUGAAAAGGCCAUCCUGAUCAACCAAGGAGGGAACUGCCGAGUGAUGGCAUACUGCGAGCGGCUCAGCUGUCUUGUGGUGUCUCAGCCUUCCUCUCAUACAACACUUGUCCCAGGUUGUGGGAUCAAGAAGCUGAGUGCAGCCAAUAUGAAAAGCAGCCAGUAUGUCCCAAUUCAUUCCAAGCAGAUCCGGGGCCUUGCCUUCAGUGACCGCUCAGAUGGGCUGCUGCUCUCCGCUGCAUUGGAUAACACAGUAAAAUUGACCAGCCUACUGACCAAUACUGUGGUGCAGACCUACAACACUGGCCGGCCGGUGUGGAGCUGCAGCUGGUGUUCUGAUGAUAACAACUAUGUGUAUGCUGGUCUCAUUAAUGGAUCUGUGCUCGUCUAUGACCUGAGAGAUACUAGCCAAUAUGUAAAGGAGCUGGUACCACUGGGCUCUCGAUGUCCAGUGGUGUCCCUCUCCUUUGUCCCCCGAGCUGCAUCUGAGGUCUUUCCUUGUGGUGGCGUGUUGGCUGGCACCCUGGAGGGAGCGUGCUUCUGGGAAAUGAGUGAUGGACAUUAUAAGCCUCAUCUUCUACCUUUAGAGCCUGGAGGCUGCACAGACAUCCAAACAGAAAGCAGUACGCGACACUGCCUUGUGACUUAUCGCCCUGGAAAGACCCACAACUACCUGCGCUGUGUGAUGAUGGAGCUGACCAGCUCCCGGCUGACUGACAUAGAGAAUGAAUACUCCUGUUCCUGCUUUCCAGUCCAGACAUUCAAUGCUGGGCCAACGUGUAAACUGCUAACCAAAAAUGCCAUAUUCCAGAGCCCUGAUAGAGAUGGCAGCAUCCUUGUGUGUGCGGGAGAUGAGUCCACUAACUCUGCUAUGCUCUGGAACUCAGGCAGUGGCUCCCUUAUCCAGAAGCUCCAGGCUGACCAGCCUGUGCUGGACAUCUGCCCUAUGGAGGUGAAUCAGAGCAGCCUGCUGGCCACAUUAACAGAGAAGAUGGUAAAAAUCUACAAAUGGGAGUGAGCUGCUGAUGCCACCAUGUGAGCGGAGGCAUGGUCCAUGUUUAUAUGUUAUGUGUUCUUAUCCGUGUUCAUGUACAUAUUCUUCCUUCACUGUACAGAUUCCUCUUGUAUUUUUUUUUCUCCUCUUAGAAUAAAGGAUUAUUAAUUUUA